UGGACCGUACAUUCCUGGAAAUUAAGCGGAGGACUCCCAUAAAAAAAAAGUCUCUCAGACUCAGACUCGAACUCAGUAGGGGCAGAAUCGGAAACUGAAGAAGAAGACGAAGAAGAAAAAGAGCUUUUGCGCGAUCUCUCGGCUGUUGUAUAAAAAAACCACCGAGAGCGAGAGAGUUUUUAGAGCGAGAAAGGAAGAGGAUUUUAAAGAGAGAGAGAGAGAGAGAAAAGAAAACCGGAGCCAUGUCGGGUGGUAUUGCUCGUGGUCGUCUUGCAGAGGAGCGCAAAGCCUGGCGUAAGAACCAUCCUCAUGGUUUCGUUGCGAAGCCAGAGACUUUACCUGAUGGAACGGUCAAUUUGAUGGUGUGGCAUUGCACUAUCCCUGGCAAGGCUGGUACUGACUGGGAGGGUGGUUACUUUCCACUUACCCUUCAUUUCAGUGAGGACUAUCCAAGCAAGCCCCCAAAGUGUAAAUUCCCACAAGGUUUCUUCCAUCCAAACGUUUAUCCCUCUGGGACAGUUUGUCUAUCAAUUCUUAAUGAGGAUAGUGGGUGGAGACCAGCAAUAACAGUGAAGCAAAUUCUUGUGGGUAUACAAGACCUGCUAGAUCAGCCAAACCCUGCUGAUCCUGCGCAGACAGAAGGCUAUCACCUCUUCAUUCAGGAUGCUACAGAAUAUAAGAAAAGAGUUCGACAGCAGGCCAAGCAAUACCCACCCCUGGUCUAAUGUUGAAACAGCUUUAUUGCAGAAACUCUUUGGUAUUUUGGUAAUUGUCAAUUACUGCCUUUGUUUGAUGGUGAAAAUGCGAUUGUAAGAGAUUGUUUUUAUUUGGAAGUUGACAAAUUCCAUCAAAAACAUUGUGUAGACUGCAUUGUUUAUCUUGCGUUGGUGUUGGAUUAACUUGUGUUAAUAUCGGUUUACUAGUCAUCCAAUGGUACUCAUUGGUGUUAAUAUUUGAUAUAAAAAUGCUUUUACAUAUUUUAUUUUCUUA